UUCAUUUGGUGUGACCAGUUCGCUUCGGGAAUAUGAAGAGAAAAGUUUGUGCGUUUUUCGCGUUCAGCAGUGUCGUGUCAAUAUUCGGAGCCUUACCUGAUGUCCAGAAAUGUAAUCUGACCGAUGCAGUAUGCCUGAAGACGUCAGCGCAAUCGAUGGUGCCGCAGCUAACCGAUGGAUUACCGGAUUUGGGGUCUAAGGUGUUAGAUCCCCUUUACGUGGAAGCCAUAAAAGUUGACCUUGCCGGAUUGAAGUUGGCGCUUACCGAUGCACAGAUAACUGGAAUGAAAGAUACAAUCAUUGACAAAUUGAGCGUGGAUUUAGCAAAAAAACAGAUACAAGUUAUUUGUCACGUCAGUGUUUACUUGAAGGGUAAAUAUAAGGCUUCAGGGAAACUCCUCAUUUUGCCCAUCACAGGUGAUGGGGACACAACUAUUAAACUAAAGAAUCUCAGGAUCCAAAUGAUGUACCCGUUUAAUCUUGUUAAGAAUUCGGAAGGAAAGGAUGUUAUCGAUUUAAGCAGCUACAGAUAUAGCUAUGACGUCAAAGACAACGCGCACUUUCAUAUGACGAAUUUGUUUAAUGGUAACAAACAAUUAGGUGACGUGAUGCUGACUUUUAUGAAUCAAAAUUGGAAAGCGUUGACGCAGGAAUUCGGGAAACCACUCCUCGAAAUACCCAUGGAGAUGGUUUACAAUACAGUCAAAACAUAUUUAAAAUCUCAACCUUUAGAGGACAUAGCUAAUUUAUAAGACAAUGCCAAAGAACCUUUA